UGAGGAGCGUGUGCUUGGUAUUAGAGUGUUUCGACAUGCUAAAAUGAGAACAUGUAGUAGUUGGGUUAGUGAAAAGAGGUAGAGAAACAAAUUUAAACGUGUUUUUCAUAACAAGGGGUCAGAAUCGAAAAAUGCCUCGCUACGCACAGCUCGUUAUGGGGCCCGCUGGAAGUGGGAAGGUAAGCCACAGUACUAGUACGUACUGUUCCACUAUGGUCCAGCACGCCGAAGCUAUGAACCGCUCCGUACAGGUUUUCAACCUUGAUCCAGCAGCAGAGCACUUUGACUAUCCGGUUAUGGCUGAUAUUCGGGAGCUGAUUCAAGUGGAUGAUGUCAUGGAAGAUGACUCUUUGAGAUUUGGCCCUAAUGGUGGACUGGUUUUCUGCAUGGAGUACUUUGCCAGUAAUUUUGACUGGCUGGAGGAAUGUCUUGGACAUGUUGAAGAUGACUACAUACUCUUUGACUGUCCUGGUCAGAUAGAACUGUACACUCACCUCCCUGUCAUGAAGCAGUUGGUAGAACAGCUGCAGCAGUGGGAGUUCCGUGUCUGUGGCGUCUUCUUGGUGGACUCACAGUUCAUGGUGGAGACUUUUAAGUUUAUCUCUGGUGUUAUGGCUGCUCUCAGCGCCAUGGUGUCCCUAGAAAUCCCACAGGUGAACAUCAUGACCAAAAUGGACCUGUUAAGUCCAAAAGCCAAGAAGGAAAUUGAAAAAUAUCUAGAUCCAGAUAUGUAUUCAAUGAUGGAGGAUAACUCAGCCACCCUGAGGAGCAAGAAGUUCAGGAAACUUACCAAAGCUAUCUGUGGUUUGAUUGAUGACUACAGCAUGGUGCGAUUCCUUCCCUUUGACCGGACUGAUGAAGAAGGCAUCAACAUUGUCCUGCAGCACAUUGACUUCUCCAUUCAGUAUGGUGAGGACCUCGAGUUCAAGGAACCCAAGGAAGGAGAUGAGGACCCCAGCACUGACUAUGAUGAGCUCUUCCAAAGCAAGGCAGAUUCCUGAAUCUGUGUCCCAAAUGGAUGCUAAAUUAAAUAUAAUGUGGAAUUGAAAAAUAGAGACAAUAAGAGAUUGUAAUUUUGGAAUAGAGGCAAACAUCUAAUGGAAAACGGCUAGUUUGGGGAAUUUUGAUAUUUUUUUUUCACAAUACCGUCAUCUUACCAUGGUUUGGAACUAUUUUAAUAUGACAUGCUUUAUGUUUUUUAUUUGUUUAUGCUCCAGAUGUAAUAUUAGAGAU